UUUAACUUUUAAAUACUAAGGCACUAAGGUUCAAUCAUGAGAAAUAAAAUCCUAAAAUUAAAAAGACAUUUUUUUUCUGUCUACAUAAAUGCCAGUAGAGUAGAGCUACCUCCCUGCAAUAUAAUUUCAAACUUCAAAUUACAUCAGGACAUUUGGGGCAUAUUUUAACACAUAUUUAUGAAAAUGAAGAAGAAUGAGAAAUUGUACUCGUGGAUUUUAGCAUGCUAAUCCACCGUUUUGCAUCAUGGCAGAAGAAGUGGAAGUGGUGAAGGAGUACAAAUACGUUGAUGUUCACCUUCAGGUGACUAGACUGUCGAGACACAGCUGUUAAGUAAGCUACAGAAAUGAGAGCAGAUUCUGCUUCUUGAGGAAGUGUUGGUUCUUCAGUGUUUGUAUGAAGAUGCUUCUAUUAGACUGUUCUAUUAUCUGUUGAGAUAGCAUCAGAACUAGGGACUAAAAGAUAGGUUCAAAUCCUAACAGAUCCAUAAAAAACAAAAAAUAUUAAUUUCUUUAUGAAAAUGCAUGUAUAAGGAAAAGAAAAAAAUAUACAUUUAAUGUGGAAAGAGCACGUGUAAGGGAAAGGAAAAACAAAAUUAGAUUUCUGCUGUUAUUUUUAAUUAUGUCAGUUUUGGUCCUCCAUAAGCGGGCAGUCCUGGUUUAUUUUCUUAUUGUGGAAAUGCUCUAACGGAACCGGUAGCGUUUAUUUCAAGUCCGGUAGGAACCUUUCUUCGCUCGAGGUAGGUUCCUACACGUGAGCGAUGGCCGAACAGACGUUUCUUAUAGGUCUCUGUGACGGAGAGUUGGAUCCCAGGAAAUACCGCUCCACAUUUCUGACAAACAAAGUCGGGGGCAAACCGGACUGGUCGUCGGCUGUCACCGGACAGUCACCCUGCUGUCGUAUUUGUAGCGCCCCGCUAGCCCUUGUGGUGCAAGUGUACUGCCCCCUCCAGGGUUCCCCCUUCCACAGAAACCUCCACCUGUUCGCYUGCUGCCAGCCUGGCUGCAGCGGGACGUCCGRUAGCUGGACGGCCCUCCGCUCCCAGUGUGCSGAGGCUCCCAACCAGUCCUCCACACCACAGGUAGUUGUUCCGCCGGCCACAGAUUGGUGUGAGUCCGCUGAUGACUGGGGUAUGGAGAGAGAGGAAGAUGACUCUGAAUGUAGAGGAGGCGAUGAUCAGCAACAGUCUGAAGAUCUACAAACAGAAGUGAGUCCUACAGUCUGGUCCAUGGAUGUCAACUCCGGUCUUCAACAACUCAGUCUGGUAGAAUCUGAAGACAUCCCCAUCUUCCGUCCAUUCUUCAUCAGUGUGGUGGAGGAGUCAGAACUGUGUGAGGAGGACAAUCAGCUGGAGCACGCUCAGGAACUUCUGAGGGAGUAUGAGAGGAGGGAGGGCACAGCAGUGUGGGAGGCAGAGGAGGAGGGAGGUGGUGGAGGAGAGAAGUAUGAAAAGGCCAGAGCCAGACACGGAGAUGCCGUUUUCUUCAGGUUCAUGAAGGCAGUUUUGUUGUGUCCGCAGCAGAUCCUGCGCUACUGUCGCCACAGUAAACCAUUCUUCAUCUCCAAGSCGCCGUCCAAAAUGAGUCAGGAGGUUCCAGCAUGCGGCUCCUGUGGAGAACCCAGGACCUUUGAGCUGCAGCUGAUGCCUGCUCUGGUCAGUCUGCUGCAGAGGACAGACAGCAGCCCAGAGGAUGAACUGGAAUUUGGGACUGUGUUGGUUUAUACUUGCACUAACAGCUGCUGGGCUCCAGGAACAAACUGCCCAGUGGAGGAGUUCUGCUUUGUACAGCCAGACCCAGAUCAGAAGCUCUUUAAAUGAUGGAGCAGAUUAAAUAAUCCAAUCAUCACUUUAUACAUAAAAAAGUAUACAUAAACAUCCAUCCAUUAUCAUACACGCUUUUUGUCCCCAGUAGGGUCAGGAGGGGUGCUGGAGCCUAUCGAGAGGCGGGGUCACCCUGGACCGGUCACCAGUCGGUCACAGAUCCAUAAACAUGGGAGGAAUAACGGGCAUUAAAGCCGAUCCUGUUUUUGGUUCGUCUCAGAAGCAGCAUUAAAAAAAAAUUUAUAACCUGGUGCGUCUGAACAGUGCUCGGUUUCCAUCAAUCAAUUACGCUUUUAGUGUAAUAUUAAAAAAACUAAGGAAAUAUUGAGACACUCAUUCUUCCAUUGAUAUGUGUAACCCCAUUUACAUUUUUUCUGCAAAUAUCCUGUAGUAAUCAGAUUGGUUAUGCUAAUGCCUGACAGGUCUACUUAAAUCUGUCAUAUGUACAUCAUGCAUGUGAAUGUAUCAUGUACACGUAAUGUGCAUGCAUUCACAUGAUGCAUGUGAAUGCAUCAUGUACAUAUGCAUUCUCCCCUUUAUGAAAUAAAUUCAUUUGUCUACA